CACCUCCACCAACAGAAACAAAGAAAGAAAGUUAGCUACUAAAAUUCCCUAUUGAACCCUAGCUAAUAAACAUAUUUCUCUUCACUAAAAGAAUAAAAUGGCUCAAGAAUGCAGUGAAACCUCUGUUGCUAUCUCUUCCUCUACACCUCCUUCAGGCAACUACUGGUGGGAUCUUCAUCAUCAUCAUCACCAUGCAACUUCUCUAUCUCCAUGGAACCAGCCAAACCCUAGCCCUAAUUCUUCUUGUGAAGAAGAUGUUUCCAUGUCUACAUCUUUUACUAAUGCUUCGAAUCACUCCGGGUUAACGGUUGAGUCAUCUCGCCGAUUCGUUGAGCCUGCUGCUUCUUCUCCCACUGAUCACUUGAUCGGAGAACAUGCUUCUGAUAGUCAACUAUGGAGUCAAAUUUUGUUGGGAGUUGGAAGCAAUGGAGAUUUACAAAACAAUCAAGAUGUUGGAGAAAAUUUUCUUGAUGCACUAUCAUCAAAAAGUAGUAUAUUCGAACCGGCAUGUGAUUACUUGAAGAAAAUGGAUGGCAAUUGGGAAUUUACAAACUCUCAAUCAUCUUUUAACAAUUUUGACAAGCACAUAAAUAACGGAUUUAAUAAUAAUCCUGAUCAACAUCAACACCAGCAUCAUCAGCAUCAGCAUCAGCAUCAGCAUCGUCAAGGCUUGAUCGACGGGGAUCAAAGAAUUAACAAAUUAUCCAACUUGGUAAGCAAUUGGUCAAUUGCUCCUCCUGAUCCAAUAACAUGUAACAUAUCAUUGAGCUCUAGUGGUUUAAAUCACUAUGCACCACAGCCUCAAACAUUUGGCGAUUCCGCCACGUCGUGUGGUGCAGCCGGAAUCGGAAGAAGUAGUUCGGGUUUAAUUUUUUCCGGUUAUGGAUCGCAUAAUCUUCUAAAAGUAGAAAAUGAUCCUGAAGUAGGAGCUGAGUCAGGAUAUUUUAUAAGAAGGCCGAGUUACGAUAGUAAUGGACUCGGAGUUGGUAACUAUGAUCAACAUAGUGGUGUUAACAAUGGUAACUCAUCAAUUGUGGCUGAUAAUAAAUAUUAUUAUGGCGCAGCUGAUAAUAUUUAUUCAAGUGCAAGAAAUUUUCAUGAUGGUUUGAGUUUUAAUGGUAGAUUUAGUAAGCCAUUGAUUGAUAUUCAAGGGCAUAAACCUUGCUCUAAAUCCAUGAAUUUGUCUGAUCGUAGAAAACAUGGACUUCAAAAUUCCUCACAGACAGUAAAAGGACAGGGGAAUUCAAGUGAAGGAAAGAAGAAAAGAAUCGAAGACAAUUCAGAGACAGUCUUGAAAAAGCCUAAGCAUGAAAGCUCUACAGCUUCAUCUGUAAAGAUGCAGGUACCAAAAGUCAAGCUUGGAGAUAAAAUCACAGCUCUUCAACAAAUUGUGUCGCCAUUUGGAAAGACUGACACAGCAUCUGUGCUAUUGGAAGCAAUUCAGUAUAUAAAGUUUUUGCAAGAGCAAGUGCAGCUAUUGAGUAACCCUUAUAUGAAGAGUAAUUCACACAAGGAUCCUUGGGGAGGGUUGGAUAAGAAAGAGAAGGAACUGAGGAGCAGAGGUCUUUGUUUGGUUCCAAUUUCAUGUACUCCUCAACUUUAUCAUGACAACACUGGAUCUGAUUACUGGACACCAACUUACAGAGGAUGUCUCUAUAGAUAAUAAUAUUGGGACAUUCAAUUUAUAUAUCCAAAAUUGUAAAGGAUUUGUUAAAUAUGUUUUAAUGUAAAAAUUUAGCUGUUUGAUCUAAUAUUUUUAAAUUUUCUGUCUAUUA